CUAGGCAUGCAGACUGCUUCUACAAACAUCUGUGAAAGGAUGGGUCGCUCUCAGGAGCUCAGUGAAUUCAAGUGUGGUAACGUGUUAGGUUGUCACCUGUGCAAUAAGUUCAUCCGUGAAAUUUCCUUGCUAUUAAAUAUUUCAUGGUCAACUGUUAGUGGUAUUAUAAUAAAGUGGAAGCAACUUGGAAAAACAGGCCCUCACACUGCCACUGGACUCUAGAGCAGUGGAUAUGUGUUCUCUGGAGUGAUGAAUCAUGCCUUUCUGUCUGGUAAUCUGAUGGACAUGUCUGGGUUUGGCGGUUCCCAGGAGAACGGUA